GGUCAAGACCAGACCGGAUCAAAACCGGAGUGUAUACAAUCCAAUCUUUGGUACUUAUAUUCCUGAAAAGACCGGACUGAGAUCGGAUCAAUUUGGUCCAAUUUAACCGGACCGAAACGUAUAGCCACCCCUACGCCGCAGCCACAUCAGCACUUCCUCCGCCACGUGGCCCAAUAUAUAAUAAUAAAUUAAAGCCGAAGAAGAAAGAGAAAAAGCGGGAAGAUAAAAAAAAAAAGGGGAGGGAAGGUGGUGGGGGGCCCACAAGAAAAAGGAAGACUGUCGGGGCUGCGAUUCGAAGCCCUCUUGUUACGGAAAAGACAGCCUGCCCCGAGGCAGUAAAAUGAAAAUAAAAAUUCAGUGGCUAAAAAAAGGAAACGAGAAGUAGCCUAUUCUCUCUCUGCAAAUCCCAAAUCCGAGAGUUGCAGGAGGAGAAGAAGAGAAGAGAGCAUUCCCUUUCCUUUUCUUCUUCUUCUUCUUCGUUUCCCUUUUCCCGAUUCAGUAGACAAUGUGAGAAUGUGCUGCGGCUGAGGUUUAACAGAUACAGAUAGAGAGGUUUGUUCGUUUGGGGUACUUUUCCCCCCCGGUUUAUUUAAGCUCGCCGGAGAUCGAUGGCGAGCAUGUCAUCGGACGAGAGCGAGGAGAGAUGCGGAAGCUACAGCUUGAGCGCGGACGUCAGCGAGUCGGAGAGCUGCAGCAGCUUCUCCUGCCGCAGGUUCGACGGCGUCGAGGGUGCUUCCAGCUCCGUGACCCCGUCUCCUCGCGGCGGCGGAGCAAAUUUCUGCUUCCCGGCAGCGGGGUUGAUGCUGCCUGUCAUCGGCGGCGUGGGUAAGGAUCUGGGUUGGGACGGGAAAGCUCAGAAGCGGGGCGAUGGCGAUUUGUCUGAGGUUGAAAUGAUGAUGGAGAGAUUCGCAAAGCUGCUAUUGGGGGAGGACAUGUCUGGGAGUGGGAAAGGAGUCUGCACCGCACUCGCCAUUUCAAACGCCAUUACCAAUCUCUCUGCUACUGUGUUCGGCGAGCUAUGGAGGCUAGAGCCACUGGCGACACAGAAGAAAUCAAUGUGGCGGAGAGAAAUGGAGUGGCUGCUCUGCGUGAGCGAUUCCAUAGUCGAGCUCGUGCCUUCGAUUCAGAAGUUCCCCGGCGGGGGCACAUACGAGAUCAUGGCAAGUCGGCCUCGGUCCGAUCUGUACAUGAACCUCCCGGCAUUGAAGAAGCUCGAUGCAAUGUUGAUCGGGAUGCUCGAGGAGUUCAGAGAGACGGAGUUCUGGUACGUCGAUCGAGGGAUCGUUGUGGCGGAGGAGCGAGACGAGUAUGGUUUGUAUCCGCCUGGUUUCUCCGGUGGUCGGCCUUCGAUUCGGCAGGAAGAGAAGUGGUGGCUGCCUUGUCCGAAAGUGCCUCCAAAUGGGCUUUCGGAAGAGGCGAGGAAGAAGUUGCAGCAGUUUAGGGAUUGCACUAAUCAGAUACUGAAGGCUGCCAUGGCGAUCAAUAGCAGUGUGCUUGCUGAGAUGGAAAUUCCUUCUGCAUACUUGGAGACAUUACCAAAGAGUGGCAGAGCUUGCUUGGGUGACGUCAUUUACCGGUACAUAACGGCUGAGCACUUCUCGCCGGAAGCUCUUCUCGACCACCUGGAUGUCACGACGGAGCAUCUCGCCACUGAAAUUGCCAACAAGAUCGAAGCGGCAUUGCAUGUUUGGAAGAGGAAGGUCCAGAAGAAGCACAACAAAGGUCUUCCGAGAGGUCAGAAGCAUCAUCCAUCUAUUUUGGUCGAUGUCUCCAAGGCUCGAAUCCAAGAUCAUAGGCGUUCAACGUUAGGAAGCAAGGUGAAGGGUCUGGUUGUUGCUAAUGGCGAAAAUAAGCAUUGCUUGGCUCAAAGGGCAGAGACCUUAUUGCUCUGCUUGCACCUACGUUUUCCGGGUCUCCCACAGACUGCCCUAGACAUGAACAAGAUUCAGUACAACAAGGAUGUUGGGCAGUCGAUUCUGGAAAGCUAUUCGAGAGUGAUGGAGAGCUUAGCAUUCAACAUCAUGGCGAGGAUCGACGAUGUUGUUUUUGUGGACGAUGCCACAAAGCAAUGUGUUGCAGAAGAAGCUGCAGCUGCUUCCGUCUUCAACAGAGGCGGUUUAGGUGGACUCCCCAUUCAGAAGCGGAUGUCACCUAGCCCCUUCUCGAUCCAGCACAGCCCUUUUACUUCUCCAUUUGCCACCCCGACUUUCUGCUCGUCGACCCCACUGGGUGGCAGCCCAGAAAGGCAACUGCAGGUGUUGAACAGAAGCAAUCCAGAGGAUCGGAAGCUAGGGAAGCCAUUCCCAUUGGAGUAUGACAAGAUUUGGACUUACACUGGCAACCUGAGUGCACGGAGAGUUUCUUCUGGAGAUGCCCCGGAGAGAGAUUGACAACUUGCAAAGUAUUCGAAGAUUCUGCCGAAUCACUCUCCUCGUGAUGCCUCGAUAAUAGUUUAUAGUAGAAGAAUGGAUAGAUGGGUAGUAGAAUUGGUGGUAGCAUCUAACCUUGUAUAUGUUUUAGCAAUAGAAGAACCUUGUUAAAAUUUUGGUUAUGUCCCUUUUCCUUAUCAACUUCUAGUUGAGGAAAUAGGUUUACUCAUGUCUAUCUCUGUUGACUUGUAAGUUAUAACUCUAUCCUACCUUAAUUGAGCCUUUCUCAUGCCAAUUUGGAAAGUGUCUCCCCUGUUCUUAAAGCCUAAAAUUCACAAGCAGUCAAAGCAUAUUCAAGCACCAAACUUCGACAUAGAAAUAUCGAAACAUUCUUGUUUCUAUUUGCCAGCAGAAUGCUCACAGGUCUGUACAGAUUUAUUACGAGAAAGUAGGUUACAGAUAAAUAACUACAGAAGGAUAUAAUCUAUCAUGGAAGAAAUAAACAAAUCUUGA